AAAGGGUGUUAAUCCAGCGAUUCGAUGCCACAGGAUUGACAGGACACGAUUUGUCUUCGUAUUCCCCAGUUCAUACAAAGAGGUUAUGAAAUUUGAACGUAUAAAUAGUUCCCAAUAAACGGGUUGGGAACAUGAUAAUCAUGUACAUUCGUGUACUUCAUGGUACCAAGUAGCUUGCUCAUCGUACUCAUCUCGUUAGUUCAACGAGUUGCUGAUAGGAACGUCUACAGGACCAUAAUUUUUAUAAGCUCUAACGCACGGAGGCGAGUUGUUUUGAAUUCAACGUAUCCAAAAGUCCCAACCAGCAGUUUUGCCGUCAUGCCGGAAUCCAGAAAACAGCAGCUCGUUUAGCGCCGCACCAACUCACAAGUGGCACCGAUUUCUUUCGUAUUUUCUUCGAGCCAGCCACCAGCUCGGCCACGAACCAUUUAUAGGCUGCCCCCGUUGCUACUGGAGCUCCACUCACAAACGCAUCGAGAAACCGACGAGACAAGCAGCCGCAGCGUACCAACAGAGAGCACUCAUCACAGGAUGCAUCUAGCAAUGAGACCAGCGGGGAAGACGACGGCUGCCACGGCGCACGCCCGAUCGGCCAGCCUGCCACGCGAACACCCGCACCCCGUGCUGGCGCACCUGGACGACAGCAUCCGCGCGCUCAGGUCAUGGUCGGCCAGAGCAGCUGCCGGUCAGUCCUCCGGCAUCGCCCUCGUCAAUGCCGUCCUGGCAGCGCUCGGUGAGCUCCUGGCGCUGCCGCAGGCUGUGGCGGCACUCCACACAGCCACCGCCGCCUGCGACCAAAUUCUCGAAAGGUUCCUUGUGCUUGUUGACGCCUACGGCACAUUCCUGUCGACGCUCGUCACGCUCAAGCAGUGCGUGGCGGAGCAGCAGGUCGGCACUAGGCGCAGGGACGGCAUGAUGGUCACUGCAUCGCUUCGUGCACACAGGCGGACAGAGAAGGAGCUGUGCCGCCUCGUCACCACGAUGCGACAUGCCGCCAGGGGCACGUUGAGGCCAUUGGAUACCACGAACAAUGAGGUGAUCAACAUUGUGGCAGAGGUUGGUGCGGCCACUGUGGAAGCAUCGGAGGCCAUCUUCAUGGAGUGUGCAGCAAUGUCACCGGACAUGCAAGUGCCUUCAAACAAGUGGCUGACCAGGCUGAGCGUCAGGCCGUCCGCCAAGAAGGCAGCACCAGAGACAGCGAUGGUGGCGUUGGAGAGGCUAGAGAAGCUAGAGGAAUCCAUUGGUGGGCUGGAGACCGGGAGCGAGAAGGUUUUCAGAAGACUGCUGCACUCUAGAGUUUCACUUCUGAACAUCCUUACUCCCUUCUAACC